UAUAAGGGGAAAAUAUCGAUUUUUACAAAUCUCCAUCACAGUUGGACACAAAAUUGUUGAGAGCUUGAAGUGUAACAGGAAAAAAUGGUAAAAUAUAGCGGUUUAACUAUGUGUUAAUGCAUAAAUAACAAUUUUGCGUGCAAAACGUUAAUUAAGAAACGUCAAAGGUGUACAAGUUGAUAUUCAAUUCUGAGCCGUAGCAAUAAAUUGCAUACUUCAGGGCGUGUGAGCAGCAAAUGAACUCAGACUGAAGCACUUAAAAUUAAACAUUUUCAAAAUUUGUUAUUGUUUUACUAACAACAAACAAAGCAAACAUUGCCGCUUUACGUGCGCUAAUCAACGUCGCGCUGUUCAGUAAUCAAGCGUCCAAUUUAAAGAUCCAACAAUAUGAUUAAAAUGCGACCAUAUGUGCCAUCAAGCCGUAUCGUCAUACGUGACUCCAUCGACGAGGAGAUCAGUGACGAUGUGGAUGAUGACGUCUUCAUUAAGGAUGCGCGCUCCGCCAAGUUGAGUGAGGAGAAGGGUCUGAAGCGCCCUCUAAUGGCGCCGCGCCGUAAAAAUGGUCGAAUGCACAAUUCGGUGCCGAUUAUGAUGAAGCAUCGUCGUUGUUGGCGUUGCUGUGAGCCUUUUUGCUAUGGCCUUGCCGCACUGACUGUCCUUAUUGCCUUGAUAAGCCUCGCAGCGCUCAUCCUUACUAUGUUUCCCAUACCAUUGCAACGCUUUAAAGUGUGGCUAAAGCGCGAACCCACAGCGCCACCGGGCGCUGAUUAUGCCGGCGGUGGUCAAACGCUGGCAUAUGGCAGUAGUAUGGGCACCGAGUUUGUGCCUUGCGCACAAGUCAGUGUGCAACGCUCGUGGUCGCGUAUUUUUCCCCGCAUGAACAGCGAGAGUCCAGUACGUAAGGCCGAUUUAAAUGGAGAUGAUAUUGCAGAUAUAAUUUUCGGAUUCGGCGUUGAUGACAACAUACAGUACGAGGGUUUUACGUUGCCCAAGUGUAAGUCCUCUCAAGGUGACGACGAAGUGCCUUGUGAAGGUGGCGUAAUUGCCGUAAAUGGUGCUACCGGCAGUUUACUUUGGCAGACAUGGAGUGUGGCGAAUGUUUUCUCGCUCCUAUGUACAUUGGAUAUUGAUCUUGAUGGCUAUCCGGAUUGUGUGGCCGCAGGCAGGCUGGGUAUGAUAUUCGCCAUCAAUGGCCGUAGCGGCAAUAGCAUUUGGGAGUUUCGUGAGGUGGAAGUGGAAACCAACUCGCCCAUCGUAAUGGAUCUCUACACCAUAAAUGUCAUACGUGAUUUAGAUGGCGACGAAAUCGCUGAUAUACUUGCAGCGCAUCUCGAGGAACGCGAAGAGUCCAAAGCGGGGCACAUUAAGGUGAUUUCUGGCAAGACGGGUAAAGUCAUACGCACGAUACCAACGCCGUUCAAAGAGGAAGUCUUUGUGCCUGUACAGGUGCUCACCAAAGAAGAUGGCACCGAACUACUAAUGAUCAUCACAGGCGGUCAAAAUACACCGGGUGGUAUCUAUACAAUACGCUUACUUUCCCUUAUGCAAUUUACAAGCGAAAAAGAGUUUACACCACUCUUUCAAAGCAAACACUCUGGCGUGAUGGUGCCCGCUGUGAUUACCGAUAUAACGGGAGAUCACAUAGCGGAUAUUGUUGCGGCAUCAUUCAAUUCGUCAGUAUUUGCCUUCGAUGGGCGUAAUUUCAGUAUGUUGUGGAAUUACACAUUUCCGGCCAGUGAGAGCGUUAGCGCAAUUGUACCAGGGCAUUUCAAUAAUGAUAAUGUAACCGAUUUCAUGGUGAAAUAUAAUACUGGACCGGGUUUCCCAGUAUAUUAUUACUCGCAGACCACCAUACUGGAUGGCAAAACGGGCAAACCCCUGUUGGGUGCGAUGAUGACUGAUUCCGGUGGUUCGAAUAGCUUGUUGGGUGGUGUUUCGGUAUCGCAGACUUUUGGUGGCGACUUCUUUUUGCACUGGCAAAUGCAAUGUAGGGAUAAGUAUAACGCGAAAGACGCUUAUGAAUUUAUACCAGACAGUGACAUCAUUUUACAAUCACGUGCAGACACUUGCCGUUUACGUUACAACACUUCGACUGUGCUGAAACUUUACGCAAUUGCGCGCCACAUCGAACCACCAGGUGCUGUGAUUUUUAGCACAGAUGACAUUGACGUACACCUCAAUCGCACUCAACGCCCACAAUAUGCCAAACACAACUCGAAGUCUCCUUUAAAGCACCCUAAAUUGCUGAAAAAACUGUUGGCCAAUCGAGAGGAGCUGCUAAAGAAAAUCGCUGCCAGCGCUGAUUUAGAAAAGCUAGAGAAGGCGUCAAAGCAUCAAAGUACGCCACACUACAAGGAGAAUCCGCUGAGAAAUCCGAUAUUAGAUCAGGAGUUAUUGCAAGAAAUUCUACCAAAUAACGAAAUACCCGCCGAUAACAUGUACGACCCCGUUAAACAAAAUAGCUAUAGUAAUUAUUACGGAGCAGGUUAUGCCGCCAAUGGCAACGAACAAUUACGUGAACCGCAAAAAGACUACGAGUCCGCAGUUGGCUCGCAUGUGCCCGAGGAAUACGAUACGCUCUACGCUGACAACGAAGUGCCGCAGCUGGUACCGCAGAAUGAGCAUCCUAUACGGCUGCGCACGAAAUAUCCGGGAAAUCGUGAUGUGCGCAGUGACAUUACAUCCUUUGAGGAUGAGCAGAAUACUACACAAACCGUACCCACUGGUGGUGUGCCGCAAAAUAACCUAGACAAACAGGAGCCACUUAGCUUAUGGGAUCUGGAAAUGGAAAAGGAGGAGCGUGAUGCUAUUAAAGAUUCACACAAAUACGAUUACUCGACAAACCAAGAUGAUACUAAUAAAAAGAGUAAACGUAGUCGUCUAAGACGUGAUGACAUUACACAAACGAAAGUGACGGAUGAUACGGUCGCGACUUCUGCUAGUCCAUCAACUAGCGAUGAAUCCGAUGAAUGGUUCCUAUCCUCAAUCUCAUCGACGGGUGUGUUAUUGAAGACGCUAAAUGGUACACGUUCUUCGGUGGAUUUUGCAUUCGUGCUAAACAUACGUGAGUCGGAAACGUAUCCGCCACUCUUCUUGCCACAGGAUCUGAAUUGCGUUGAAGAGAAGAUAAGCGCUUAUAAAAGUUAUACAUUAGACAAUAUACGUAUACUGCGAAAGCAAUUCCUAAAGCAAUGUCUAAGCGAUCGUUUAGUGAACGUUUCACCGCAUGUGCCGAAAUAUGAAUCACAAUUAAUCGUCACACGAAUCAGCAUUUCGUGUACGUGUCAUACGUUACAAAAGGGUCAGGUAUGCUCUGAGCUGGAUGACAUACAGACGCAGCGUUGGACAGAGUACAUGGGCAGUGAUGGGCAUGGUUAUUAUGCCAACUAAGUGUACGCGUAGAUAAGUAAUGAAAAUUGGUGGGGGUGGAAGGAGAACGGUUUUAUGCAAGCGCAAACUAACUCUAAAUUUAAUUAAUUCUUUAUUUUGGAUUUUCAAUUGCACAACAGUAAUUUUAAUAUGUUAUUUUAAUUGAUUUAUACAAAUAUAUACAUACAUAUAAUUUAAAGUUAAGGGGUGUUUACU